UAUUCGUCUGCGCAUUUCAUAAAAGUGAACAUGAAGGGAGUUCGGAAUUGACAUGCUGUAUGAUCGUUCAUUAUUCCGCGUGCCAUCAGAAUACUGAUCUUAAUUGUGGAAACUGCAACUUGUCUGGCUAUCUUAAUGCGGAUUAACCCCGAUUAUUGGCUGAGCCAAAAAGCUCUUAUCUGAAGAUGCUCUCGGUGCGUCUAUUCCAUCGAGUAUGGAGACAGAAGAUGAAGGAGAGUGUUCUAACCGUGGCUCAUUUUCGACGACCUAUGUGCUGGGGUCCUUUCAAAGCUCUGCGCACUGAUCAUUCGGUCGUUCAGCGUGCUGAUCACCGACACAUAUUGCUGUUCCUCCGUCGUGGCCACAAGAAUUUCAUGCAUAGACCAGUUAGGGAGUCGAUACCGACCGUUUUGUUUUACUGCUGGCUAACCGGAAUUAUCGUCGCCACUGUCAUUGACUGGGAAGCGGUUCUCGAGAUCUUGAGGGAAGGGAAAGAGAAAGUAGAGGAAACUGAAUUCGUACCUCGAGUUGAAGCUGCUUCAUUGGAAAUUCACUCAAAAGAAGAGGAGUCUGAAGACGUUGAAUCCGAAGAUGCGAACAGUGCUGAAGUGGUGGCUUCUGGGAAGAAAAAGAAAAAGAUCGGCUUCCGCGAGCGCAAAAUAAUCGAGUAUGAGAAUCGGAUCAGGCAAUAUUCAACUCCCGACAAAAUUUUUCGAUACUUCGCCACUCUGAAAGUACAGACCGAUCACAAUGAUUGGGAAGUUUUCAUGACUCCCGAAGAUUUCUUGAGGUCUAUUACACCCGGAGUAAUGCAGCCUGACGGUCUUGGCCUAGACCAGUUCCGCAAAUUUGACCCUCGCGUUGAUGCCUUGGAACUGAAUCUGAACGAGGACAGCAUCUUCUAUCAUCUGGGGAGUUCUGGACUGAUAUCAUUUUCAGAUUACGUGUUUCUUCUUACUGUCCUGUCGACAUCCCGUCGACACUUCGAAAUAGCGUUUCAGAUGUUCGACUUGAAUGGAGACGGUGACGUAGACGCCGAGGAAUUUUCCCAGGUGGACACUUUGAUAAGACAGAAUACCUCGUUCGGUAUGCGUCACAGGGAUCAUGCAACUACUGGCAGUACUUUCAAGGGGAUGAAUUCUGCGCUUGUUGCCUACUUCUUCGGGAAAGAUUUGAAAGGUAAAUUGACCGUUGAAAAGUUCCUCGAAUUUCACAAGCAUUUACAAGACGAGAUUCUUACUCUCGAGUUCAAGCGCAAAGCGGCCGAAGACUCCGAUGUGAUAACGGCAGUAGAGUUUGCGGACUUGCUUGUUGCCUAUUCUCAGUUUCCUCCAAAGAAGACGAUGAAGAUGAGAAAGCGUGUGAAAAAAUACUUCAAAGAGAAACCGGUGGAUAUUCAUUUGCACGAAUAUCUGGAAUUCUUUCAUUUUCUAAACAAUAUCAACGAUGUUGAUACGGCGUUGACAUUUUACCACAUUGCCGGAGCCUCAGUAGAUCAAGCCACCCUGAAGCAUGUCGGAAAGACAGUUGCGCAUGUUGACAUUUCCGAACACGUUUUGGAAGUUGUGUUCGUGCUCUUCGAUGAAAACUGUGAGAUGGAUGGCCAAUUGAGCAAUAAGGAAUUCGUCUCGGUGAUGAAGAAUCGUGUUCAGCGGGGAUUGGAGAGACCGAAAGACACCGGCUUCAUCAAAUUGCUGCAAGCCUCGCUGAAAUGUGCAAAUGAAUCCAAACCCAUUUUGUUGGAUCUUUAGCAUGUGUUUUUUCGUGUCCUAAAUCUCAUCGUUAUUGAGCAUUUUUGCCUGUUUUGAAAUAUUGUCGUAUAUUCGUGGUUCUCGAGUCUGAUUCAUGCUUUGUCGAGCAAAUCAGUUCACUAGUCAAAUGAACGAACGAUUUGUCAUGCUUA